CGCAGAGCUUCGCACAGUGAAGAUCGACCUGUUGUUUGUUUACUUUUUAUCAAGAGGGCGUGACAAACAUUUUUGUCUCUUAUUAUAAUAUCUGAUAGGAAUGUUCUUAAGUGCAGCAAUGCAAAGUGAAUGAGUGAAUCAAAGUGCAGAAGUGUUUUCGCUUGUCAGCUGAGAGGCUUUACCCCAAGAAAUGAAGACUGGAAAUAUCCGUUUAAGGUCUCGCUUUGGAGAAAGUACAGAUGAAAGAACCGAAUUUUUCCCAGAAAGUACAAGACCAUUCCAUCAAAAUGGCACAUAUCCUUGGUAUUCUGCUGUCCUGAUUUUGGUGAUUGGUGUAAUACUUUUUCUUGGAUGCACAAUGUUAAAUAAUCAGCUACCAAAACCAGUUUAUAUCAAGGAUGCAAAGAAAGGAACGUUUGUAGCAGAAAAUGCUAUUCAUCAUCUUCAACAUUUGACAAGUAUGGGUCCAAGAGUUGUUGGCAGUUAUGAGAAUGAAAUUUUUGCUGUUGACUUUUUGAAGAGAGAAAUAGGUUUUAUAAUGCAGCGAGCUAAACCACAGCAUCUGCUUGCUCUUGAUCUGCAAAAGCCAACUGGCUGCUAUAUACUGGCUUUCAGGCCAUAUGGUUUUGUAAAUUGUUAUGAAAAUAUACAGAAUGUUGUUGUGAAGCUAUCCUCAGCUGGAAAUUGGUCCUCGUCAGCGGUUAUGUUCAACUGUCAUUUUGAUUCAGUUCCUACAAGCCCAGGUGCCAGUGAUGAUGGCAUCAAUUGUGCAGUCAUGCUUGAAGUACUAAGAGUACUGUCUCAGACGGAUGUGCCUCUGAAGCAUAAUGUAAUUUUCUUGUUUAAUGGUGCUGAGGAAAUCCCCUUGCAGGGAGCCCAUGGAUUUAUCAGUCAGCAUCAGUGGGCUUCUGAAGUCAAAGCAUUUAUAAACUUGGAAGCAGCAGGUUCAGGAGGAAAGGAAAUUUUAUUCCAGGCUGGACCUAAGAAUCCUUGGCUUCUAAAGAUGUAUGCUGAUUCUGCUCCUCACCCCCAUGGUACAGUUGUUGGAGAAGAAAUUUUCCAGAGUGGUUUGGUUCCUUCUGAUACAGAUUUUAGAGUGUUUAGGGAUUUUGGUAAUAUAUCAGGAUUGGAUUUUGCACAUAAAGCAAAUGGAUAUGUGUAUCAUACAGUCUUUGACAGUAUAUUCUACAUUCCUGAAGGAACAUUUCAACACACUGGGGACAACAUGCUUGCCCUCGUCAAGAAAAUCGCAUCUUCCAAUGAGCUGACCAAUCCGGGUCAGGCCUCAGAUGGUCGUGUUGUCUACACUGAUGUCGGUGGACUUUUCAUGGUGUAUUAUUCAGAGUUCACUGGAACCAUAAUAAAUAUGAUUGCAUUUAUUUUAUCACUGUACACAACAGUGUACAAUAUAAUGUUUGUUGGGAAAGGACUGAAUCGAAAGCAGCUACUGAAACAGAUACUGUUGGCAGCACUUGUACCAUUCGUAGGGUGGAUUUUAUCAGGCUGUGCUGUUGCUGCCAUAGCUUCAUUGCUGGAUGCUUGUGGAAAGAGUAUGAGCUGGUACUCUAGUCCUUACAUAAUAUUCUUUAUUUACUACUGCCCAGUUCUUGUCUGCUGCAUGUUUCUUCCACUAAUCGUUAAUGAAGCACGUAUUGGUUUCAAGAAUCUUCUUGCAUGUGAACACCAAGCACAAUUAUAUUGUACAUUUGUGCAGCUCAUAUGGACUUUCCUGAUGCUGCUGAGUACAAUGUUCGAACUGCGUCUAUCAUUUCUGCUCAUGCUCUUUGUUCUGUUUCCCACAGUUGCCAAUCUUGUCGUUAUAAUGAGCAAGAACCACCAAAGAAUGUCAGUGUGGCUGAUGUCAUUGAUUGGAAGUCUUGCAUUCCCGACAUUUUUGGUUCUAUGGUACACAGUGCUUGUGUUUGAGUUAUUCAUUCCCAUAACUGGAAGAAUUGGACCAGACAAAAAUCCUGAAAUAUUUAUUGGAGGAAUAUCCUUUUUAAUGUGCAUACUAGCCACAAGUUAUUUGACACCACUAAUUGUGCUGGUGAAAAAAGGUGGAACAUUUCUCAGUAUUCUGUUAGCCUUGCAUUUGGCGGCAUUGCUAGCUGCAAUUGCCACUCCUCCUUUAUUUCCAUACAGUGCCAAUGUACUGUCUCCCACAACACAGAGGAUAUAUGCUUUUCAUACAGAACGGGUUUUCUAUGAGAAGGAAGGACAAGAAUUGAAACGAGAUGCAGGCUACUGGAUGGUGCCUAUGGAUCGACAUGGUCCAGAGACAAUAAAGACAUUAUUCCCAGAAGCUCAAACUACAGAAAAUGACUGCAAAGAUAAAUUGCUGUGUGGUUUACCAGCUUUUACUGUCAGAUUACUGCAGAUAUGCAAACAUACACUUUGGAUUCCAAGUCCUGCUCCUGUUAUUCAUAACCCAACAAAACUGGAACUUUUGUCUGCAAAAUCAUUAUCAAAAUCUGUAAGAAGAUUAACUUUCAAUGCCACAGGUCCAGAUCAUAUGCAGCUACAUAUUUCACCUAAACCUGGAGUUAAGCUCCUGGGAUGGAGUUUUUGUCAAGAUGUUACGUCUGGUGAACCAAAUUGGAAUGAUCGUCCAACAUAUUUUAUUCAUUAUGGACGCGGACUUGAUAGCCCACCGUGGCAGUUCUGGUUUGACCUUGAGGUGCAGUCAUUGUCAAAUGAUACUAUUCUUGACUUAGCACUCUCAGGACAGUAUAUGACAUCUGGUCAUCAGAUAUCACCCAUCUUCAGAGAUAUGUUGAGUAAAUUUCCAGAUUAUGCCAAAGUGGUGGCAUGGACAUCUUCAUACAAGCACUGGCAGUUUUAAGAUUGUGCUGAGAGUUAACAGUUCUUCCAAAGAAAGUCUUCUAUAUGUGGUUUAUUUUUACAGUGAAUUUUUGACGAUGUGUGUACAUACUGAAUUUGGAGGUGUAUUUGGAUAUUUUUUUUCCAGAUAAUAUAGUGUAAUGAUUAACAGGAUUCAGAAGCGAUAAUGCAGUUGAAGCAAAUCAUCUUGAUUAUUAGGUAUAUCACAGUUUUAAGAAUUUUAGCCACUGUGUACUGUCUUUAACACAGAUUAUAGAAAAUUUAUGACUUAUAUUGAUAUUA